CCGGCGUAGAGCGCCACCGCCAUCGCAAACGGACGGCUCUCGCGCCUGGUGCCGUGUAGUGUAUGUAUACGGUGCAAGUACGGUGCGAAGCGGGACGAACGAGACACGGACGUGAGUCGCAGGCGGAGGAAUCCUCGCGCACGGUCCUUGCGAUCGUCCGUGGUACCCCGAAGGUACGGUGGGCUCGUGUCUCGUCGCUCGCUGUCUCUCGCGCCUCGUUCGCUCUCUCAAGAGUGCUCGCGCGCACGCGAGAGAGUGUGUCUGUGCAUGUAUGUGCCUGUGUAUACGUGUGUGUAGGUGCGUGCGUGACGUGCGUAUAUACGGCGACGACGACGACGACGACAACGACGACGACGGCACGACGACGACGAGGCGUGUAUUGUUUCGGGGCGCGGUGCGCGAGUCUCGCGAGAAUCGGCAGCGGGCUUGCCCAAAGGAUCGCAGGCGGUUAAUUAUGCCCACGGGAUAAUCGGCGGCCAGAUUCAGGAAAAAAAGAGCUGCUGCUGAUCCUCCUUUUCCUCCUCCGCCUCCGCUUGAAGAGAGUGCCAGUGCACACACAGGAGACUACGAGGCGCAUGCUUCCCCGCCCGUUCCCUCGCCAUUUUGGAGUGCCUCUGCAUUUGCCAUGUUUUCAACGUAUCUCCUCGUCUACACUUGUAAAGCAUGCAUGAGAUAUACAUCCGGCUCGGAGGAAUGUGCCUUGACUUCUCUCUGAUCUUUCUUCUCAAGUGAAAAUUAAGGGAUCCUUACCCAAGAACUUGAAGAGAAAGAGAAAGAGACACAAACUCUUCGAUAGAAUGUUUAACUUUGGAAUGGACUGACAGAGGAUUCAAUAAAAGAGACGGUUUAGGCAAGGAAUCCAAAGAUAACAGAGCAAGGUGUCUGGACUAGGCCUCGGGCAUCUGAUUAUCAACAACUCGACUAUGCCAGCUGUUGCAAGACCUGGUAGUUUAAAGGACCCAGAGAUUGCUGAGUUAUUUGAGAAAAAUGAUCCGGAGAAAAUAUUUGAAGAUCUGCGCGAGAUCGGGCAUGGUAGUUUCGGAGCUGUUUACUAUGCACGAUGCCUGGUUACCAAAGAAAUUGUUGCCAUCAAAAAGAUGUCUUACCUGGGCAAACAAACGGUGGAAAAGUGGCAAGACAUUUUAAAAGAAAUUCGAUUUCUUAGGCAACUUAAUCAUCCCAAUACUAUAGAAUAUAAGGGUUGCUAUCUCAGGGACCACACUGCCUGGUUGGUGAUGGAAUAUUGUCUUGGCUCCGCAUCAGAUAUUAUCGAGGUACACAAAAGACCACUGAAGGAAGAAGAAAUAGCUGCAAUAUGCGAAGGCGUAUUACGUGGUUUACAUUAUCUUCACUCCCUUGGGAGAAUCCAUCGUGAUGUAAAAGCUGGAAAUAUUCUACUUACUGAGAAUGGUACAGUGAAAUUAGCCGAUUUCGGGUCCGCGAGUAUAAAAUGCCCAGCCAAUAGUUUCGUAGGGACUCCAUAUUGGAUGGCACCAGAAGUUAUAUUGGCUAUGGACGAAGGGCAAUAUGAUGGCAAAGUUGACGUAUGGUCAUUAGGAAUAACUUGCAUCGAAUUAGCGGAAAGGAAGCCACCUUAUUUUAAUAUGAAUGCAAUGAGCGCCUUGUAUCAUAUUGCACAAAACGACACUCCAACAUUAAGUUCGCCAGAUUGGACUGAUGUUUUUCGGCAUUUUGUUGAGGUGUGUCUCACAAAGAGUCCAAUUGAAAGACCAACAUCCGGGAAACUGUUAUCACAUCAAUUUGUCACCAAAACACGUUCUCCUCAAGUUUUGAUAGAUUUGAUACAGAGAACGAAAGCUGCGGUUCGGGAAUUAGAUAAUUUAAAUUAUCGUAAAAUGAAGAAAAUUUUGAUGAUUGAUUCGUGUGAAACAGAGAGCACAGUUGGUGACGCCGAUGAUACUCCUGAUGAACAAACAGGUGGUGAUAGUAGCAAAAGCAAUUCAAUUACCUCAGAACACUCGAUUCAUUCAAUGGGCGUCUCAGCAAGCUCUCAAAGUUCCUCCACCAAUAGCCUGCCGCUACCGAAUGCUGAUGGUAAUGACUAUUCUUCAGGAUCCAGAAAUCGGCAUAAGGUCUCAGCAGGUGGUGUCACUGCCAAUCUUCUUGAACACGGUGCCAAUAAUUUUGCAACAAUUAGGACAACUUCAAUUGUUACAAAACAACAGAAAGAACAUAUGCAAGAAGAAAUGCAUGAACAAAUGAGUGGGUAUAAACGAAUGAGGAGAGAACACCAAGGUGCUUUGGUGAAAUUAGAGGAACGCUGCAAAAUGGAAAUGGAAUCACAUAAACAGCUGUUGGAUAAAGAAUAUGAAACUCUAUUGCAACAGUUUAGUAAAGAUCUCGAGAAAUUGCAGCUCAGACAUCUACAAGAGUUGGAACGCAAGUUAAAACAAAAUCAAAAUGCCGAGAAGAAACUUAAUAAAGAAAUAACGAGUAGACAGGAAGCUGACCGUAAAGCUUUGGAAGCUCAACAGAAAAGAGAGUACAAAGCAUAUAAAGAAAGAUGGAAAAAAGAACUCUCUCAAGACGAGGUAACUCCAAAGAGGCAACGAGAUGCUACACUUCAAAGUCAAAAAGAUAAUUUGAGACAGAUGGAAGCACAAGAGGAGCAACGGCUUGCGAGAGGACAACGAGAAUACUUGGAUCUUGAAAUUCGAAAAUUCCGUAGAAAAAAAUUACUUAUCUUCCAUAGUUUGGAGCAGGAGCUUCUUCGUGAAGAAUUGAAUAAACGGCAACAGCAACUAGAGCAAGCACAUGCUAUGCUUUUGCGACAUCAUGAAAAGACACAAGAGUUAGAAUAUAGACAACAAAGAGCAGUACACGCACUUCGUGAGGAUCAAGUACAUCGACAACAUUCAACAGAACUUUGUAAUCAGCAGGAUUAUAUGCAAAGAGCUGAACGUGAUUUACGUAAAAAACAUGCGUUAGAACUUAAGCAACAACCGAAGAGUCUCAAGCAAAAGGAAAUGCAAAUUCGUAAACAGUUUAGAGAAACUUGUAAAAUACAAACACGACAAUAUAAAGCGUUGAAAGCUCAAAUUCUGCAAACGACUGCUAAGGACGAGCAAAAAGCAGUCAUUAAAAAACUAAAGGAAGAACAAAGACGUAAAUUAGCACUUUUAGGUGAUCAAUAUGAGCAGAGUAUUGCUGAAAUGCUCCAAAAGCAGAGUAUACGACUAGACGAGUCACAAGAAGUAGAAUGCCAUAAUCUUAAGGAAAGAUUAAAUUACGAAUUAGAAAUUCUAAUGGCAUACCAAUCAAAAAAUAAAAUGCAAGCCGAGGCGCAGAGGAAUAGGGAACGUCGUGAGUUGGAAGAUCGUGUAUCUGUUAGACGAGCUUUGCUUGAACAAAAAAUGGAAUUAGAAACUCAGGAAUUCCUUCGUGAACGUAGUGAACGUAUACGCCUGCUACAUGAGAGGCAAGAACGGGAACUGCAGCAAUUUGAUGAAGAAAGUGCAAGAAUAGGAUUCAGUGCUCUGGCGAUAGCAGAGGCAUCGAAAGAAUCUUAUCCGGAUGAUGAAAGCCUUAGUGGCUCCAUGUUAAGUCUGGCUCACAGUAAUAGCUCCACAUCCUUUCCCCCUAAUAGUCUUUAA